UAUUUAGUGUCAGGUUUAGCUUUAGUGUCAGGUUUAGCUAGGUUGUUGAUGCUGCAGCAGAGAAGAUGCUCCGACAGUGCAGCUCUAAAGACUUCCUGUAGUGCGUCAUCGACGUCCUCGUAUCCACCAAUCCGCGUCCUCCUUCCCACCACACCACAUCCGUGUUGGAAAAUUUGUUUUGCAGAUGGUGGAUGUCAAGACGUCGCUGGAUAAACACAACAGUGGCUCUUCGUUAGACGUAACGUCGGACGAUACACAGCUGUGUUCUUUAAAAUAAUAGGCUGCCUCAUAAUAUAUUGUUUCUUGGCAUCAUUGUGUAGCUUAUCUAAAAGAGAAAGCUAAUGCUAACGACAUGCUAGCUAGCAGGCUAACAAAGCAGGCUUUUAUGAUGAAGCACAGUUAACUAGCUUACGUGCACACCAGUUAACUGUUUUUUAUCAGAGCUUUAUUCAUAUUUACAGCUAUCUGUUAUCCGUCAGCAUCUCAAACCUGCAACAUGGGUUAGCUAUUGUCUUGUUGGUAAUGCUAACUGUAACGUUAUUUAUCACAGUUGUCAGUUAAAGCUAGUUAACGUCAGUUUGCAGAGCCGUUUUUUACAGUUUUUUGUGCGAGUCAUCACGUCGUUACACGGUCCUGACAAAUAACGUCAGUCGGGGAAUUGAUACUCUUCCCCCCCCCCCUCUGGAGGUUUGAUGUGUUGGACCGACCCUGGAAAGCCAUGCUAUGAUGGUGCUACGGCGGUUACUGAGGAAGCGCUGGGUGCUGGGAGUUGUCUUCGGACUGUCUCUCAUCUACUUUCUCACCAGCACGCUCAAACAGGAGGAGCGGACCAUACGGGACCGCACGCUCUUAGAGGUUAGAGAUUCAGACCAUCGCAUCCCCUGGAAAGUGCGUUUCAACCUGGGCAACAGCAGCCGGCAGAUCACUCAGUGCAGGAACUCCAUCCAGGGCAAGACGCUGCUCACAGACGAACUUGGUUACGUCUGCGAGAGAAACGACUUGCUGGUUAACGGCUGCUGUAACGUCAACGCUCCCAGCUCCAGACAGUACAUUUGUAAAAGCUGCCUGGCCAACGGCUGCUGUAGCAUCUAUGAGUAUUGCGUGUCUUGCUGCCUCCAGCCCGAUAAGCAACUUCUCCUUGAGCGCUUCCUGAAUCGUGCAGCGGAAGGUUUCCAGAACCUCUUCACCGCUGUGGAGGAUCAUUUUGAGCUGUGCCUGGCCAAGUGUCGGACCUCUUCUCAAAGUGUUCAACAUGAGAACACCUACCGAAACCCUCAAGCAAAGUACUGCUACGGAGAGAGUCCUCCAGAGCUCCUUCCUGUGUGAGCAUUUCGACUUCCCUCUCGGGUUUAGGAAGAGUUCUGACAGCAGCGGGUCAAUACAAGCGUCCCUGUUCGGACCCCUAAAGGUGCUUGGAGAGGAGACUCUCUGCAAAGGAACUGCUGUCUUGGACAAUUUUGCGUUAUAGAGGCAAAGAGAUGGAGACGUCUAAGACCAACCUGAAAAUGGACAAAAUCUGUGAUUAUUUACACUUCAUAAGUGCAUCGAACGCUCCAUACAUUCAUCCGUGAUGAUCAUCAGGUCUACGUAGCAGGCAGCUCAUCCAUCAGGACUCGCCUCAAACCGGUUCAUGUCAUAAAAUAGGCUUCAUUUUUAGAAGAAGGUAACAGCUGUUUCAUGUUUGUUUUUUUUAUAUAUUAAAUACAGCAAAGAAUGUGUCAUUACUUCAGUGUGUAGUGCAUGCAUAUGAAACUAUUUAAUAAAAGUCACUGUGAAAUGAAA